AUCCUGUUUCUAGUCGGACAGAAAAACAAUGCUUGCCGUUGUUUCCGGUGCUCCUCCUGCAGUCGGGUAUUGUGGCUCCAGCUCGUUCUUUAAUCAAAGAAACGGACGAAACGUGAUCAAACUAUGUGCUUGAGAGGGAGGCGUGAGAACGUGACGUAAAUGAGCGGAAGUCAAGUGUAUUACGUCACGUCACCGAGUAAACACACGUUGCUGUCUGUUCACAAUGAGCUCUGUGCCGCUGAAGAGGUCAUACAAGGAGCUGCCGGUGUGGAUAGUGGAGGACCACCACGAUGUGGUGGGUCAUAUUUAUCGUGCCAUUGCAUCAAGACACCUCCCACUGAAGAACAUAAAGAUGAUUCAUUUAGACUCUCAUCCUGAUCUGCUCAUCCCUGUCAACAUGUCUGCUGACACCGUGUUUGAUAAGGAGAAACUGUUCAGUGAGUUGAGUAUAGAAAACUGGAUAAUGCCCAUGGUUUAUGCUGGCCAUGUGUCAUCUGUGGCGUGGCUGCAUCCAUACUGGGCCCAGCAGAUCAGAGAGGGUGAGCACAGGAUGGCUGUAGGAAGAGACUCAUCCACCACCACCAUCAGGGUGAGCAGUACAGACAACUACUUCCUCAGUGAUGGUCUGUAUCUUUCGGAGAAGCAGUUGGAGAACUCCAAACCUCUCAGGCUGAAUGUGGUCAAAGUCAAUCCUGUUCAACCAAGUGAUUGGUCACUUACAGAGAAGAAAACUGAAGAGGACACAGAGGGAUUGUUUGCCAAGAGACCCCAUACAGAGCGCAACAAAGCUGGGGAGGCCAGCUGCUCUGAGCCCCUCUCUAGAUGUACUGACAUACUGCAACCACCAGAGGGCACCAACAUGUCACCCUUGGGUGAUGACGACGACAACGAAGGAUCCACUAGUUACGUUGUUAAAAGAAUUUCUGCAUUAGUUAGUGAGACAGAACCAUACAUCUUGGACAUUGAUUUGGAUUUCUUCUCAUGUAAAAAUCCCUUCAAGGAAUUAUACACGCAGGAAGAGUAUGACAUCCUCAAGGAGCUCUACAACUUCAGAGGACCCGGCCCUGAUGCUGAUGAGGAGGAGCUUGAUGAGUGUGUGGAGCGUCGUGUACAUCAGUUAGAAGACCUGGAAGCAGCAUUUGCUGAUCUGCUGGAGGAUGAUGGGGAAGAGACGGUUACACGCUGGGCCAGCAACCCCGGCAUGGCUCCAUUAGCCCAACUGGUUUCCAGUUUGAAGUCGAGAAAACAGUGCCCUGAUUAUGAAAUGGUCCAUCAGGCAGGGCUAACCUGUGACUCAGCUGAGCUGCCUCACCACAUCAGCACUGAUGAGGAGAUCGACAGACUCAUUUCAGCUGUACAGCUGUUUCUGAAGGCUGUGCCAACACCUACACUUGUUACUAUAUCCAGGUCCAGUCUGGAUGAAUACUGUCCGGUAGAGCAGGUGGAUUUUGUCCAGAGCAGAGUACUGGCUGUGCUAGAGAACCUGUAUGGAACACUGGACGUACACAAAGACUAUGACAACAGCAGCAUCGAGACUCAGGACUGCCAACCAAAGACCUCUUAACAAACACCCACAUACACGUGUCCCUUUUGGAUUUGGUGGAUGUACCGCUUGAUAAAGACAACCACAUAAAGAAAUGACACGUCAGAAGCUGUUGCAAUGAAUCUUUAAGUAAAUGAAUAUUGUAUCGCCAAAAGCUGGAACAUUUUUAGGGCUGUUGGUCAUGAUUCAUUAAAGUACAGUCAACAAAUGUGCAGACUCAAACCAGCGAUGAAUGAAUAUUGAAGUUUACAGGUAUCCCCUAAACAAAACUGUAUAUUCUGUAAGUAUAUUCUCUGUGGUUAUUGUAGUCAAAGUUUCCACUUCACUUUACUCCUAAAAGAAUAUAAAUGUGUACAACUCCGAGUCAAGGCAGCAGAUAGCACAUAUCUGAUACAGCAGGUUUUAUAAUUAAUAGGUUCAAAGAGUUUUACCUGGAUGCAAAAUGUUCUGGUGUUUUGUCUUCAGGACUCAGUAUGGGAGAAGAAGUGGUGACUCCAGUCGGGAUAGUGAUGCUAGGCGGUCUAUCAGUCUGUCAGCAGCUGCAUGUGACGGGAUACCACAGUAGUAUGUGUGCGUUUCAGUGUGUUCUCAUCCUCAAAAGGAAUUGUGCGGGUUUAUGAAGA